AUGGAGUCUCACCGUGCCUCUCCGAAACCAUGGGACGGAUCUAGCACUUUCUCAACCCAGAGUGACCGGAGUGUAUCUGGCCAGGACGGACCGAAAAAAUCUCACAUCCACCAACAUCGUCGCGGAGCUUCAGAAUCCUCGACGACAGGUAUGAUGGACCGCGGAAGACCCAGAAAGCGGGCCGAGGUUCGUAAUAACAAUGGGCCACCGCUCAAAUCCAAUGAUUCAAAGAAAACAUUGAGCUGCGAAAGAAGAGCGUUCGAGGAGCUGCCCAAGGGCUGGAAGCCUUCAGAUGCGGCCCACAAACUCAAUGUCAAUGAUGUCGUAGCUCUUCAGAAGCAGGCAUUGGACCAGGCUGAAAGAUUUGAAGUUCUCCGGGUUGAAGAUGUUGAUGGCCUCUCAAAGGAACUUCGCCACCUCGAUGAAAGGACCGAUUAUCUACGCCGAACCUACACAUCACUACGUGCCGGACGUCGCAAUCUUCACUCACGUAUCUGCCAGUACCUGCGGUCUCCUCGAGUAGCCAAGUUCAGCCACGAGUCUAUGCUCAAGCAAGAGGAGGCACUGGCCGAAUUGGACGCCUCAAUUGACGACUGGGUCACCAAGUUGGAACGGGCAGAGAAUCGCCGCACACGAGUUCGCCAAAAGCUAUUGGAGCAUGUUGCGGCUGCAGCCCUGCUUCCCGUUGCAAACUCAGCCCAGGGCUCGUCAGAAUUAGUCCAGCAAGUGAAAUCUCCCGGUGGCCCGCGUGAGCUCUCUACACCACCCCGCAGCCCAUCAAAGACGAGUUUCGCCAGCCGAGCAGACAAUGUUUCGCCCUCCCCGCAAAGGGUUGUUGCUCAAGUCCCGAGCACAAUGAUUGAGCAACCUGUUGUUGAAAAUGCAGCCAAGAAUGUGUGUGACAUCAGCCGCGCCAGAAGCACCGUUGCGUUGAAGCGGUCUGAUGUUGAGAGUAUCCGUAUAUACGCUGGGGAUGACGUCUACGCACUUCUCGCCGACGUGGAGAACGAGAUCUCCAAGAUGGGUGUGGGCACACCCGAUUCUACCACUUCCCUGGAUAUUCAGAGCCAGAGGCAACGAAGCCGAGAGCAGCUGAUCGGCCGUGUUGACUAUCCUGGUCCUUCCCAUCCCGCCGGAGUUGCAUCUGCCACGGCCGCAAAUCUCGCUCCAAACGCCGCCGAUAUUAAUAACAGGGAUGGCAAGAAUGCCACUCCUAGUCCGACCUCGUCCCAGGCCAAAGACGCUGCUAAGGAAGGGGGGAUUCUCCUUACCGCUGCUGUUUUCAAGCCUUGA